AUGGAUAUUGGAGAAGCGGAAGAUGAAAUCCAGUUUCUGCGAACUCGGGAUGAGCUGGUGUUGAGGUGUUGCUCAUCAGGCCCUCAUCUGAAGAAACUGUGUUUAGCUGCAGAAGGUUUCGGCGACCGGUUGUGUUACCUUGAGUCCACCUCCAACUCAAAGAACGUUCCAGCAGACCUUUCUGUGUGCGUGUUUGUUCUUGACCAGUGUCUGUCUGUCCGAGCGCUGCAGGAGAUGCUGGCCAACCAUGAAGACCAGUGUGCAGGGAGUGUUUUGUUUCAGUCCAGUGAGGCAGUUGGGCGUCGUACUCUUCUCUAUGGCCAAGCAGUGCUGUUUCGACAUGUUUACAGUGACAUGUAUCUUUGCUGCAUGUCCACAUCAGGCCUCUCCUCUGACAAACUGGCUUUUGAUGUUGGUUUGCAGAAGGAAAAAAAGGGUGAGGUGUGUUGGUGGACAGUUCACCCUGCCUCUAAACAGAGGUCAGAGGGUGAGAAAGUCAGAGUGGGUGAUGAUUUCAUCUUAGUUAGUAUUUCCUCUGAGAGAUACUUACAUGUGUCCUGGAGUAAUAGUGAAGGUAAUAACAAUGGCAUUGGUCGGGUGGAUGCUUCCUUCCAGCAAACAUUGUGGAGUGUGGCCCCUGUUUCUUCUGGGACUAUGGAGAUGCAGGGUCAUGUACGAGGAGGGGACACUGUGCGUCUGCUACAUGGCCACACAGAUGAAUGUUUGACCAUUCCUGCAGCGGAUCACAGACAAGAAGAACGCAGAUCUGUCCAUUUCGAGGGUGGCUCGGUAUCUCUUCAGGCUCGAUCUUUAUGGAGGCUCGAAAUGUUACAUGUUGCGUGGAGCGGUAGCCAUACUCACUGGGGUCAGCCGUUCCGUCUUCGGCACCUGACCACCGGAUCAUACCUGGGACUGACUCACGAUCAGGGACUACAGCUUGUGGAAAGAGAGAGAGCCGAUGUCAAAAGUACAGCAUUCUCCUUCCGUGCAUCAAAGAGCCAGAAGAGCUCACACUUUGUUAAGAGGAGAGAUGGCAUGGGCGUACCUGAGAUCAAAUAUGGAGACUCUCUCUGUUUCAUUCAGCACAUUGACACUGGGCUCUGGCUCACAUAUCAGACCACUGACACUAAGAGACAGAUGGAAAGUGUGCUACAGAGACUGGCUGUUUUGCAAGCAGAAGGACACAUGGAUGAUGGAAUCACCCUUUCUCGCUCUCAACAGGAGGAGUCACAAGCUGCUUGUUUAAUUCGUAGCUCCGCCCUUCUCUUCUCCCAAUUCAUUAGGGGACUAGAUGAUGUCGGUCAGAAGGAAAACAUUACUGAUUUGGUUCUUCCAAUUGAGAUGGUCCGUCUGACACUGCAGAAUUUGCUGGGUUAUUUUCAAUGUCCUGAAAUGGGGCAAGAUCACGAGGUCAGACAGGGAGAUAUUCGAGCACUUAAGAACAGACAAAAUCUCUUCCAAGAUGAGGGUAUAAUCCCUCUGGUGCUGGACUGCAUUGACCACCUGCAUGUGUACAAUAGUGCGACUCAUUUUGAAGAGGCUGUUGGGAAAGAGACAGGAGAGUCAUGGGAAAAGAUUUUGAACUCUUUUUAUGAGCUGCUAGCUGCUCUUAUCAGGGGUAAUCGGAACAACUGUGCCCAGUUUUCUGGAUCCUUGGACUGGCUGGUCAGCAGAUUAGAGAGGCUGGAGGCCUCCUCUGGAAUAUUGGAAGUGUUACAUUGUGUUUUAGUAGAAAGUCCUGAAGCUUUGAAUGUUAUUAAGGAAAGCCACAUAAAAUCCAUCAUCUCACUUUUGGACAAACAUGGAAGGAACCAUAAGAUCUUGGACGUGUUGUGCUCACUCUGUGUGUGCCAUGGCAUGGCUGUCCGCUCUAAUCAGAAUUUGAUUUGUGAUACACUGCUGCCAGAAAGAGACCUUUUGCUACAAUCAAGACUGGUUAACCAAGUUUUCAGUGCACGUCCAAACAUCUUCCUGUGUGCAAGAGAUGACUGUGCCCAAUACAGGAAAUGGUAUUAUGAGGUUGUAAUUGAGAAGGUGGAACAUUUUGUGACAGCAGAGCCUACUCAUCUGCGAGUGGGUUGGGCCAGCACUGAAGGGUAUCAUCCCUCCCCCACAGGGGGUCACGGCUGGGGGUCAAACGGUGUUGGAGAUGACCUCUGCUCUUAUGGCUUUGAUGGACUCCAGCUUUGGACAGGAGGUGUUGGUCGGAGGGUUACCUCACCCAAUCAGCACUUGCUAAGGGAGGAUGAUGUCAUUAGUUGCUGUCUUGACCUUAUUGCAACCUGCAUCUCCUUUCGGGUCAAUGGACAGCCAGUUCAAGGCAUGCUGGAGAACUUCAAAGUGGAUGGAUUGCUGUUCCCAGUGGUCAGCUUCUCAACUGGAGUGCAGCUGCGUAUGCUGUUUGGAGGUCGACAGGGGGAGUUUAGGUUUCUUCCUCCUGCUGGUUUCUCUCCGUGCGCUGAAGCUCUCCUCCCCAAAACAUGCUGCAAGCUGGAACUGUGUCAGGAACUCACACAAAAUCACACUGAAAGCCAACGUGACCUCUUAGGCCCUGUUGUACCUAUUAGUCCAGUGACCUUUACCCCCAUUCCAGUGGAUUCCAGCCAGGUUGAAUAUCCUCCACAGCUGGAGCAGAUCAAGGAAAGAUUAGCGGAAAAUCUCCAUGAACUCUGGCUUAUUGACAAAAUAGAGCAGGGCUGGAACUAUGGACCAGUUAAAGAUGAGAGCAAAAAAAUACACUCGUGUCUAGUCGAAUUUUCCACACUUCCAGAUCAGGAGCGAAUUCAUAAACUUCAGUCAUCUGAGGAGAUCCUCAGGACUCUUUUGGCUUUUGGUGUCCACAUUGGACUCUCUGAUGAACAUGCAGAGGAGAAUGUGAAAUAUGUUCGCCUUUCAAAUAAGUAUGAGCUAUGGAACGGAUAUAAACCAGCCCCUGUGGAUCAGUCAUGUGUUGUGCUAACAGCUUCUCAGGAAGAGCUGGUGGAAAAACUGGCUGAGAAUGAACACAACAUCUGGGCCAGAGAUCGAAUCAGGCAGGGCUGGAGCUUUGGACCACAGCAGGAUUUUAAGUGUAAGAGAAGUACCCAACUAGUGCCAUUUUCCCUGUUGGAUGAAAAGUACAAACAGGCGGGUAGAGAUGCCACGAGGGACACUCUGGGUACCCUUCUUGGGUUUGGAUACACUGUAGAGCCGCUGGAACAAGAACAUGCCUCAAGUAUCAAUAUUAAAUCUGUGGCUGCUGAGAGAUUUCGGAUUUUCCGCCUGGAGCAGCCCUUUGCAGUGCAAUAUGGCAAAUGGUACUUUGAGUUUGAGGCUGUAACUGAUGGACAGAUGAGAGUGGGCUGGGCACGACCUGGAUGUAAACCUGACGUAGAUCUUGGGUCAGAUGAACAGGCCUUCGUGUUUGAUGGUUCUAAGGGGCAGUGGUGGCAUGGUGGGGAAGAGCAAUUGGGGAGCCGCUGGAAGAGGGGUGAUGUAAUUGGCUGUUUGUUGGACCUGACUACAUGCACUAUGAUGGUUACUCUCAAUGGAGAGCUGCUGCUGAACGGUCGUGGCUCUGAACUGGCUGUAAAAGACUUUAAUAUAUCUGAUGGUUUCCUGCCUGUUUGUAGUUUAGGGAUAAACCAGGUGGGUCGUCUAAAUUUGGGUCGUCAGGUUGACUCACUGAGAUACUUCAGUGUUUGUGGCCUACACGAGGGAUACCAGCCCUUCGGUCUGAACAUGACCAAAGAUCUACCUUUGUGGAUGAGUUGGAGAGAGCCUUUGUUCAUUCCUAUACCAGAUGACCAUUCUAACAUACAAGUGAUUCGUGUUGGAACAGUCGACAACACCCCAUGUCUGAAAGUAACACAGAGGUUUUUUGGGAAGAAGGAAAGGGGCACAAGCUCUGUUGGAUUUUACCGUCUGAGCAUGCCAGUCGAGUGUGCACAGGUUUUCUCCGGCCCUGGCGAGGUCACUGUGCCCCAAAGCAGCGGUGUGGUGUGCCAACUCAAAGACCCAGAGGAAGGAGAAGCAGAUUCUGACUUUGAGUUACUGAUGAAAGCUCACAGAUACGCAGGAUCCAGAGAUGAACUCAAUAAUCACAAGGACCACAGUCAGGAGAAGCCAUCCAGACUCAAACAGCGGUUUAUGUUGAAGAAGAAAACAGAGUUAAACACUAGUCACUCAUCAGCUCGUCUGUUGGAGGAAGUGUUGGCUAUCGAGAAAGAUGAAGACAACCGCCUCGUUCACUGUACUACGUAUUAUUACUCUGUGAGAAUCCCCUACAGUCAGGAGCCCUCAUACGUUUGGGUCGGAUGGGUAACUUCGAAGUUCAACCAUCAUGAUGUGACCUUUGACCUGGACAGCAUUUGCAGUGUCACAGUCACUCUUGGGGAUGAGUGGGGCAAAGUUCAUGAGAGUGUCAAGCGUAGCAGCUGCUACAUGGUGAGUGCAGCAGAGGGCAGUAGUCUCUCCCACAGUCGCAACAGCAGCGGGCUGGAGAUUGGCUGUCUGGUUGACACAGCAACAGGGCUCCUGACAUUCACUGCUAAUGGCAAGGAGCUUGCAACUUACUUCCAGGUGGAACCUGGCACCAAACUUUUCCCUGCUGUAUUUGCUAAACCCACCAGCCCUGAUGUCUUCCAGUUUGAGCUGGGACGUAUCAAGAAUGUGAUGCCACUAUCAGCGGGAGUUUUUUGGAGCGAAAGAAGAAAUGCAAGACCUCAGUGCCCUCCCAGAUUGUGUGUUCAACACUUAACGCCUAUGCGGUGGACCCGAGUACCUGACCACUCUCAACCUGUGGAAGUGACCCGUCUGGAGGAGAGAAAUGGCUGGAGAGCUCGCUGCACUCAGAUCCGACAGAUCAUGACCCUGCAUAUACCCGAGGAUAACAGGUGUGUGGACAUUCUGGAACUGUCUGAACUGCGGGAUCUCCUGAAGUUCCAUGACCACACCCUUCGCCUCUACUCGGCCCUUUCAGCUCAUGGAAACACACAUGUAAGCCACGCCCUCUGCAGCCAUGUGGACCAAUCACAACUCUUGUUCGCCUUGCAGUGUUCUAGAAUGCCAGGUCAGCUGCGGAUAAAUUACUACAACCUCCUCAUCAACACCCACCUCGCUGCCCAUGCCAGUGCCAGGCAGGCAAUGAACCAUGAAUACAUUGUGCCCAUGACGGAUGCCACGCAGUCUAUUACGCUUUUCAGAAAUGACGGGAAAGUGCAAAGAUUCCCAGGAAGUGACUUCAGCACUUCCCUGCGUCCAAGAAUGCGCUUCACAUCACCUUGCUUCAUUAGAGCUUAUAAAGUAGAUGUGAUGGAAGGAGGUAACGAUGGGGCUUUGUGGAGUAAUUUUCGCCAAGACAGCCCAGAGUUCCCAUUGGAUGUAUUAAAGGCUGUUGUCAUUGCAAUGCUGAAGGAGGCAGUGACAGCAGUUGGGCAGGGUGUGAGGGAUCCUGCAGGGGGCAGCAUUGAGUUCCUGUUGGUUCCUCUGCUUGGUUUACUUCACACACUCCUGAUGGUGGGUGUGUAUCAGGGGACAGAUCUGGAGGCCGUGUUUAGUCUCAUCCUGCCAGUCGGAUACAUGAGAGGAACAUGUAGAACAGAGAAGAUGGAUGAACUUGAAGAGAGUGAUGGAGAAGGACAGGAAAUAGAGGGUAGAGAUUGGGAGAAUGAUGUCUCUCAGCAAAGCCUUCUUCAGAUGAAGCUUCCAGAAGCUGUCAAAUUACAGGUGUGCCACCUUCUGAAGUACUUAUGUGACUGCCAGGUGCGUCACAGAGUAGAAGCUGUGAUGUCAUUCUCAGGUGACUUUGUUGGUCACCUCCAAGACAACCAGCACUUCCGGUACAAUGAAGUUAUGGAUGCGCUCAACAUGUCUGCUGCCCUCACUGCGCGCAAAACUAAAGAGUUCCGUUCCCCCCCUCAGGAACAGAUGAACAUGAUGUUGAGCUUCCGCGAGGAGUGUCAGGAUUGUCCGUGCCCAGAGGACAUCCAAGAUUUGAUGUGGGAAUUCCAUCAGGAUCUAAUGACCCACUGUGGAAUUAAGAUAGACAGUGAUUCAGAGAAUGAGAAUGAGGAUGACCUGUCAAUCAGGAAUAACCUCCAAGGCCUAGUGGGUAAAAUAAUGAAUUUAAAGAGGAGAAUGUCUGGCCUGCCUGAGGAGAUUUUUAAACGGACCUCUCUCAUUCUAGUCUCUCUGCAGCAGCUGAUAUCAGAGACCAUGAUGCACUGGGCCCAAGAGGGUGCGAUUGAAGACCCCGUUCUGGUGCGUGCUGUUUUCAGCCUGCUGCUACAACAGUAUGCUGGGCUGGAUGGCCAGAUGUCUGCUCCACUACAGAAGGCUUACUGUAUCAGCCAGGCAUCUGUGGAAGACGCUCUUAACCUACAGUGGGCUCUAGCAUGCAUUCGCUCAUUGCUCACGGCUAGGAUGGGCAAAGAAGAAGAGGAACUUAUGAUUAGAGGACUGGGUGACAUCAUGAACAAUAAAGUUUUCUACCAGCAUCCUAAUCUGAUGAGAGCUCUGGGGAUGCAUGAGACCGUCAUGGAAGUUAUGGUGAAUGUACUUGGUGCUAGAGCAUCCAAGGAAAUCAUGUUCCCUAAGAUGGUUGCACACUGCUGUCGUUUCCUGUGUUAUUUCUGUCGAAUCAGUCGCCAUAACCAGAAAGCCAUGUUUGAUCAUCUCAGCUACCUGCUGGACAACAGCAAUGUAGGACUUGCGUCACCUUCAAUGAGAGGAUCGACUCCUCUGGAUGUGGCGGCCGCUUCUGUCAUGGACAACAACGAGCUGGCACUUGCUCUCACGGAGGCAGAUCUAGAGAAAGUUGUGGAGUAUUUGGGAGGUUGUGGUUUGUGUAGUUGUGCUCUGCUGGUCUCCAAAGGAUACCCUGAUAUUGGAUGGAAUCCUGUAGAGGGAGAACGUUACCUGGACUUCCUACGCUUUGCAGUAUUUUGCAAUGGUGAGAGUGUUGAGGAGAAUGCCUAUGUGGUGGUGAGGCUUCUGAUUCGCCGACCUGAGUGCUUUGGCCCUGCUCUUCGAGGGGAGGGGGGAAAUGGUCUUCUAGCAACCAUGGAGGAAGCCAUUAGAAUUUCCCACCAGCAGGAUGGAAUCAGUGUACACAGUUCCAACCGGACGCUUGACACGCUUGAUGAUGAAGAUGAUGAUGUCAUCCACAUGGGACACGCCAUAAUGACCUUCUACUCUGCUCUGAUCGAUCUAUUGGGUCGCUGCGCCCCUGAAACGCAUCUCAUAGAAGCGGGUAAAGGUGAGGCCAUCCGAUUCAGGGCAAUCUUGAGGUCUCUCGUUCCCAGAGAGGAUCUGGAAGGCAUCAUAAACAUUCCUUUUAGUUUACCAAUUAUAAACACAGAUGAUGUAGUGAUCGAGCCAGACAUGUCUCGGAUCUUUUGUCCGGAUCACAAAGCAGCCAUGGUGCUGUUUUUGGACCGAGUCUACGGAGUUCAGGACCAGCAGUUCUUGCUACAUUUACUGGAGUAUGGUUUCCUGCCGGACCUGCAAGCGGCUGUUAACAUGGAUAACAUGGGGUUAGGUGGAACAGACAUGGCCCUGGCCCUCAAUCGAUACAUAUGUGUGGCCAUGCUGCCACUGCUGAGUAAGUAUUCCUCUCUCCUGUGUGACUCUUCAUCUCAAUGGACCAGGCUGGUGGAUGGGCUUCUGGAGGGUGUCUACAGCCUCUCUAAAGCCUGCGGACUGACCAAGGCCCAGAGAGAUGCCAUACAGGACUGUCUGCUGGCAGUGUGUGGAAAACUGAAUCCCUCCAUGCUGCAAUUUCUGCUGCGUAAUCUUGUGUAUGACGUCCCUCAACUGUCAGAAAACUCUAAGAUGCCACUUAAGCUGUUGACCAAUCAUUAUGAGCAGAGCAGGAAGUACUACUGUCUGAAUGAUGGAUGGGGUGGCUUUGGCUCCGCCUCAGAGGAAGAACUUCGUCUGACCAGGAGGCUGUUUUGGGGUAUAUUCAGUGCUCUUGCCAAAAAAUGUUACGAUGCAGACCUGUUCAAACUGGCCCUCGGUUGUCUCAGUGCAGUUGCUGGGGCGAUUCCUCCCAACCACCUUGACCCGAGCUGCACAGGCGGACAAGAGAUGCACUUAGCGAUGGAUUCAGAGAGACGGUUUUGUCCUCGACCCCUGGACACCUCAAAUGUGACAAUCCCAGAGAGGCUCGAGUUUGUGGUGAACAAAUACGCUGAACAUACACAUGAGAAAUGGUCAAUGGACAAGUUUGGUAAUGGUUGGGUUCAUGGAGAACAGCUUUCUGAGAGUGCUAAAGUUCAUCCACUCCUAAAACCUUACAGAGCUCUAUCUGAGAAGGAUAAAGAAGGUUAUCGAGGGGUCAUCAAAGAGACUGUGAAAUGCAUGCUGUUCUUGGGCUGGACUAUUGAGAGGACCAAUGAGGGGGAGUCACAAGGCUUUCACAACCCAGCUAGGAGGAUCUCGCAGUCUGGCAAGCUGUCUUUUGAAGGAGCAUCCACAUUCAGUCCAAAGCCCGUGGACACGAGCAGUGUCACUCUGACCUGGGAUCAGUAUGCUAUGGCAGAGCGGUUGGCUGAGAAUUAUCAUCACAUCUGGGCAGCCAGGAAACGGCAGGAACUGGAGAGUAAAGGAGGGGGCAGUCACCCUCUGCUUGUACCUUAUGAUGCUCUGAGUGUUAAAGACAAGAAUCGAAUCAGAGACAGAGCUCAAGAUGUUCUCAAGUUCUUCCAAAUCAAUGGGUACUCAGUGAGGAGGAACAAAAAGGUGUCAGAUGCUGAUUCCCCAGCGAUUGCAAGCCGCUUCACUUACGGCCUGCUUCAGCAAGCCCUCUGUCUCACUGAGCAAGCCCAGGAGCAGCUACUAGAACUGGCUCGAGGGCAGAUUAACAGGAUUGAGAGAGUUCCUCAUGAACAACAAAUUAAUUUCUUCAUUAAGGUUGUAUUGCCACUGUUAGAUCUAUAUUUCAAAAAUCACUAUCUCUACUUCCUGUCCACUACAAUGUCUUCCAUUGGAGAUGGCUGCCAGUCCACAAAUAAGGAAAAGGAGAUGGUCACCAGUUUAUUCUGUAAACUUGGAGCUCUAGCCAGACGCAGAAUCUCUCUGUUUGGAAAUGAUGCCGUUGCUUUGGUGAGCUGUCUACAAAUCCUGGCACAGUCCCUGGAUGGAAGGAUGGUAACGAAAGUCACUAGUGAAUCUGUCAGAGUGCCGUUAUGGUUGUUCUUUGAAGCCGCGGCAGAAGAUAUUGAGCUAACAGUGGAAACUGUGACCCGGGAUGAGUAUGGACUGAACCGAGGCCAGAGCAGGGGAGACGGCGAUGUCAUAACGUACACCACCACUGCCCUGAUCCCGGUGCUCACCGCUCUUUUCCAGCAUGAUUCCCAGGGACAGCAUGGAGGGGGACUGAUUGUGGAGGAAGUACACUCUUGUUGUUACAGGAUUCUCAGCAGUCUCUACAUUCUUGGCACAUGCAGUUGUUCUUUUAUUGAGAGGCAGAGGUCAGUCUUUGGAGAGUGUCUGGCUGCAUUAUCUGCAGCCUUUCCUUUGUGUUUCUUGGAGCUGAGUGACCUUCAUUCCUUCUCCGACACCAUGAGUAAUGAAGAGAGUGAAGCCGACAGAGCCCUUAGGCUCCUCCCCAAUUUGCAGGAGGCUUUCUCAGAGAUCGAAGAGCUCGCAGGGGCGGGGUCUGCUGCCCGCCGUGCCCUUUUAACAAGGGUUACGGAGGUGACGCUACCUCUGGUGUGUAGCUAUGUCUCUAGAUGGGGGGAGGCCUGUAACCAGGCAUCCCAGGAGGGCCACUGUUCCUCUGUCACACCCCAGCACGCUAAUGCCCUGCUGGGUCACAUCCUCUCCAUCAUCCACGCCCACCUAGGGACCGUAGACAGUGCUUGGAUGAAACGCCUUGCAGUGUUUGGCCAGCUUAUCAUCAGCAAGGCAGAAGCACACCUCUUGAAGAGCCACUUUCUGCCUCUGAUGGACAAGUUAAGGAAGAGGGCGGAGUCUGUGCUGUUGGAGGAGGAGCAACUGAAGACCGAGGGGCGUGGCGAUGUUUCGGAGCAGGAGUUAGACAUCCAGGAAAGGUUUACCGUGUUGGUCCAAGACAUCUAUGCUUUUUACCCUUUACUCAUUCCAUUUAUAGACCUUCACAGAAUGAGUUGGCUUAGAGAGGUGGACGCAGAUGCUGAAAAGCUUUUCUCCCUCGUAGCUGAAGUCUUCAUUUUUUGGGCUAAAUCUCAUAAUUUCAAAUGGGAAGAACAGAAUUUUGUUGUUCAAAAUGAAAUCAACAAUAUGACAUUCCUGGUGAACAGCAGCAAAAGCAGGAUGGAUAAGGAAGGGGUGUGCAAUCAGGAGAGGAGCAAGGUGAAAAGGAAGGGUGAUCAUUACUCCACACACACCUCUCUCAUUGUGGCAGCCCCAAAAAAACUCCUCUCGGUUGCCUUGAAUGGGUGUUGCCAUGGCGUUCAGGACCUAGUCACCCAUGCCAAAAGCUGUUUCUCUCAGAGGGACACAGAGGAUGAAGUCAGGGCAUUCAUUCGAAGCAACCUGCAACAGGAUCUGUCUGAAAACUUAGUGGAUCCCCUCUGUGUUGAGAGGAUCUUAAGGAUCGCUUGUGUUCUUUUCCACCUGGAUCAGGUGGAGCGCCCUCAGAAGAAGAAGAGGGCAGUGUGGCAUAAGAUGUUGUCUAAGCAGAGGAAACGGGCUGUAGUUGCUUGUUUGAGAAUGGCUCCUUUGUACAAUCUCCCCAGACACAGUGCUGUGAACCUUUUCCUUCAGGGUUAUGAGAGAGUCUGGCUGAAGGCAGAACAUGAUUCACCCGAGGACAGACUAAUUGAGGAUUUGGCUAAAGCAGCUUAUGUAGAGAUCCUAAAGGAGGGAGCAAAGCAGAGAAACAUCAUUGAUCCACUCCAUCAGCUUAUCAAUCUCUUCAGUCAAAGUGCCUUGACAGAGAGGAGUACACUUGAGGAGGAUGACCUGUACAUGUGCUAUGCUGACAUCAUGUCCAAGAGUUGCCAAAUUGAGGAAGACCAGGAUGAGGAAGGCCUGAAAUCUUUUGAGGAAAAAGAGAUGGAAAAGCAGAGGCUGCUGUAUCAACAGGCCAGACUUCAUGAACGCGGAGCAGCUGAGAUGGUUUUACAGAACCUCAGCGCCAGCAGAGGUGAUAUGGGGCCUAUGGUAGCAGCCACAUUAAAGCUGGGCAUUGCAGUCCUGAAUGGAGGAAACCCGUCUGUUCAGCAGAAAAUGCUGGAUUACCUGCGACAGAAGAGAGAUGUUGGCUUCUUUCACAGUCUGGCCGGCCUAAUGCAGUCUUGCAGCGUGCUGGAUUUGAACGCAUUUGAGAGGCAGAUCAAAGCGGAGGAUUUAGGAGUGGGUGCUGAGGGCAAUUCAGGCGAUAGAGUAAUGGCAGAUGAGCAGCUGACCUGUGAUCUUUUCAGAUUCCUGCAGCUUCUUUGUGAAGGCCAUAAUACUGAUUUCCAGAAUUACCUGAGGACUCAAACUGGAAACAAUACAACGGUCAACAUCAUCAUCUCCACUGUGGAUUAUCUGCUUAGGGUCCAGGAGUCCAUCAGUGAUUUCUACUGGUAUUAUUCAGGGAAGGAUGUGAUUGAUGAGCGCGGUCAACACAACUUCUCCAAAGCCAUCAGCGUGGCGAAGCAGGUGUUCAACACACUCACUGAAUACAUUCAGGGUCCGUGUACAGGUAAUCAGCAGAGUUUGGCCCACAGUCGUUUGUGGGAUGCUGUUGUCGGCUUCCUCCAUGUGUUCGCCCAUAUGCAGAUGAAGCUUUCUCAGGAUUCCAGCCAAAUAGAGCUUCUGAAGGCUUUGAUGGACUUACAAAAAGACAUGGUGGUAAUGCUGCUUUCCAUGCUUGAAGGAAACGUGGUGAAUGGGACCAUUGGCAAACAGAUGGUAGACAUGUUGGUAGAAUCGUCCAGCAAUGUGGAGAUGAUCCUCAAAUUCUUUGAUAUGUUCCUCAAACUCAAAGAUCUUACAUCAUCUGAAGCCUUUCGAGAAUACGACCCAGAUGGCAGAGGACUCAUUUCCAAGAAGGACUUCCACAGAGCCAUGGAAGGGUUCAAGCGCUACUCUAAAUCAGAGACCGAAUUUCUGUUAUCCUGUGCAGAAACGGCGAAAAGCGAUUUGCUGGAUUACCCGGACUUUGUGACACGUUUUCACGAACCAGCCAAAGAGAUCGGCUUUAAUAUGGCGGUUCUUCUGACCAAUCUGUCCGAGCACAUGCCCAAUGAUGCCCGCUUGCAGAAUUUUCUGGAGUUGGCAGACAGUGUUCUUAAGUAUUUCUAUCCUCACCUGGGAAGGAUCGAAAUCCUGGGCAGUGGGAAGCGUAUCGAAAGAGUCUACUUUGAGAUUAGUGAGUCCAGCCGCACUCAGUGGGAGAAACCGCAGGUUAAGGAGAGCAAACGGCAGUUCAUCUUCGAUGUUGUGAACAAGGGAGGAGAAAAGGAAAAGAUGGAGUUGUUUGUCAACUUUUGUGAAGACACCAUCUUUGAAAUGCAGCUUGCUGCGCAGAUAUCUGGUUCAGAGAGUGGAGAGGAACUGAAAGCAAAGGAUGACAAUGAGGAGAAAGACAACGCAGAGAUGAAAGAAAACCUUGUAGAAGACUCAAGAUCCAUAAGGAACAUCAGAAAACACAUAAAGAGGAUAACCAUUAGGAAUAUUAUCUUAGCGAUCUUCUCUUUCUUCCAAAACACUCUGCUGUUUAUCACUCAUGCCUUUUUAGGUCUGGCUUGGUUCUGCCUUUUUCUGCUUUACCACAUCUUUUUGAGCGGAUGGAUUAUUGAUGUGGCUAAAGAGAUGAACCUGGCCGACCUUUUAGGUGAUCUUCGGGAUCCUACCAUGGUUGAGGCCAUAGGGGUCAGAGAAGGAGCGGUCAGAGAGGAUAACGUAUGCCAUAGACGUGCAUUUUCGUCUCGUGGUAAUCUCAGAGGCAUGAGUCUAGAUCUGUCUGCAGUGUCCAGGGACCCCCAGCUCCUCACAGAUAUUUUCGGCCUGUGUCUGAAGAAGGAGGGAGGAAAUUACACAUUGUCGAGUGGAGACCAACAUUCCAGUCUGGAUGAAUUUCUGAACACCUCCAAAUGUCAGGUUGAAAUCUGUGAGGAUUUUCAUGAGGUACUAGAGGAGGAGGGUUCAGAGACUGAGAAAGCUUUUGAUGAGGAUACAAAUAAAGGUGAAAAGAAGUCUAAAAGAAGAGUUAGGAAGCUCAGCUCUUCAAAACCAGACAAAAGUGAAAUCCAGGUAUCAGCUGUUUGGAUUAUGAUCUGCUCUCAGAAGACCAAACUGCUGAACUUUUUUGCAAGAAAUUUCUAUAACAUGAGAUUGUUGGCUCUGUUCCUCACAUUUGCCAUCAAUUUUAUUCUUCUGUUCUACAAGGUUUCAUCGACCAUUGGUGAUGAUGAAAAUAUGGAGAUCGUUCUUUGUGACGAGAGACCCAAGGAGACACAGAAAUUGUAUUUAGAAUUAGAAGAGAACAGUGGUUACAUGAAAAUGAUUCUUCACGUCCUGGCUGUCUUGCACACACUCAUCUCAGUCUGCUGUAUCAUCGGCUACUACUGUCUGAAGGUUCCUUUAGUAAUUUUUAAGCGAGAGAAGGAGCUGGCUCGUAAACUGGAGUUUGACGGACUCUACAUCACUGAGCAACCUUCUGAAGAUGACAUUAAAGGCCAGUGGGACAGAAUGGUCAUCAAUACACCAUCAUACCCAAGCAAUUAUUGGGAUAAAUUUGUUAAAAGGAAGGUGAUGGCGAAAUAUGGAGAGCUAUAUGGAUCAGCACGCGUCAGUGAGCUUCUAGGUUUGGAUAAAGCUGCUCUGGACUUCAGCUCAGAGGCUCAUGAGAGGAAGAGACCCAUACAAAAGCGUGCCAUCACUGCCCUUUUCAGAUUAAACACUGUUGAUUUGAAAUACCAGAUUUGGAAGCUGGGAGUGGUUUUCACUGACAAUUCCUUCCUUUACCUGGCCUGGUAUAUGUUUGUGUCAGUUCUGGGUCAUUAUAACAAUUUUUUCUUCGCUGCGCACCUGCUAGACAUCGCCAUGGGCUUCAAAACACUGCGCACCAUACUAUCAUCUGUUACACAUAAUGGCAAACAGCUGGUUUUGACAGUGGGACUGUUGGCCGUGGUCGUGUAUCUCUACACCGUGGUUGCCUUUAACUUCUUCCGCAAGUUUUACAACAAGAGCGAGGACGGUGAACCAGUGGACAUGAAAUGUGAUGAUAUGCUCACAUGUUACAUGUUCCACAUGUACGUUGGCGUGCGAGCCGGAGGAGGGAUUGGAGAUGAAAUCGAAGACCCGGCUGGUGACGAGUUUGAAUUCUAUCGUGUAAUCUUCGACAUCACCUUCUUCUUCUUCGUCAUCGUCAUCCUCCUUGCCAUCAUUCAGGGUCUUAUCAUUGAUGCAUUUGGCGAGUUGAGAGACCAGCAGGAGCAGGUUAAAGAGGACAUGGAGACUAAGUGUUUUAUCUGUGGCAUUGGGAGCGAGUACUUUGACACGAUGCCCCAUGGCUUUGAGUCACACACGCUGCAAGAACACAACCUGGCCAACUAUCUGUUCUUUCUGAUGUACCUCAUAAAUAAGGAUGUUACAGAACAUACUGGACAGGAAUCAUAUGUGUGGAAGAUGUUCCAGGAACGCUGCUGGGAGUUCUUUCCUGUUGGAGACUGUUUCCGGAAACAGUAUGAGCUGGUGCAGUUCUUCAGCAGAAUGAAGAGUCUUCGGUUUUGGGUCCAUUAUAUCAGUGCCAAACUCAAGCACGUCAUAACGGCUCCUGACACUUAAGCUGAUUCACAAACACUUCAUAAGCCACUCGCUAGUUCAAAUGAUGUUUGCUCCAUGACCUACCAUUGAAUCGUUUUCUCUUUUUGUUUUAUAAAAGCAUAGCAUGCCGAGGGACAUUACGUGUUUGAAUUAUUGGAACUCAUUAUAAAUUCUUCAUAAUUAAUAGAAAUAAAUUUACCAACGUGAAGUCGGCUGUAGUGGUAGUUUAUCAAUAGACACUACGCAUUAAAUUACUUCCUGUGUGUUUAUGCAUGUUUCAGUAUAAGUGUAUUGGUCAGAAGUAAAUUCUGAAGGAGA